AUGUCAUACUUCAAGAGCACCUGUGCUCGACUCCACGCCCCACCUCCAAACUUCACCAUCCUCACCACCGUUCUUGCAUCGCUCUGCGACAAUCCGUCCCUAUUGUGCCUCCUUCCAGGAGCUCUCACUCCCUCCUCACCUCCCUCCCUCCCUCCCUCACUCCCUCCUUCCUCGUCUCCCCAAUCGCCCCUCUCCCUCUACCGUACAGGUCAGCAUUGA